AUGUUAGUAAAAUAGACCUUAACCAACUAAGUUUAUUAAAAUGGGUUUAUAAUUAGAAAUCUAAAAUCAAAGGCCAUAUGUUUAGUUAAUGGAACAGAAUCUUAGAUUAAUCGAAACCAUUUCUUCCUUAUUCUUCAAGUUGAGUAGGAAUGCGAGAAAGACUAUAUUAGAAAAAAAUUGAUAAUAUAUGCUUAAGGUAUUUCUUAUGAGCUAAUUAUAGGAUAUAUUCAACUAGAGUAUGAAAUAUAUUUAAUAACAAUUGAAACAAGGGUAUUUAAAGUUUUUCUAAAUAACAGCAAAGUUUAGCUUUGUGCAUUAUUUAUUGAUUUAAUGAGCACAUAUCAAAAAUAGCUAAAAUUCACCAACUAAAGAAUUCUAGUCUCAUACACUGAGUUAGGAUGA